CCCUCGGUCCCGCCGCCUUCGCACUCUGAGCCCCGCGGCCCCUGGCUCUGUUCCGCGCGGGCUGCCCCGACGGACGGUCGGAGAGAAUGACACGGGUCCGCGGCACCCUGAGGGGCAAGCGCGCGCCCCCAACGCCUGGGACCCGGCUCCCAGAGGCGCUGAGUCCAGAUGGACCAGCUGCCGUGGCCCUCGAACGCCUUCUUCCGGGGUGGUAGGAAGCCCGGGGCGAGGGGACGCGGCGCUCCCGCCGGCCGGGCUCCGGGACCCCCAGCCUUGCUUGGCCACCCCGCCUCCGGCCGUGCCCGGGCCGCACAGCGGAGCCGCUGCCCGACCUUCCGUGAGGAUGCUUUGGGCACUAUGAACGAAGAGGAGCAGUUUGUAAGCAUUGAUUUGAAUGAUGACAACAUCUGCAGUGUUUGUAAACUGGGAACAGACAAAGAAACACUCUCCUUCUGCCACGUCUGUUUUGAGCUAAAUAUUGAUGGAAUACCAAAAUCUAAUCUCUUGCACACCAAAUCAUUAAGGGGCCAUAAAGACUGCUUUGAAAAAUACCAUUUGAUUGCAAACCAGGAUUGUCCUCGAUCUAAGCUUUCAAAGAGUACUUAUGAAGAAGUUAAAACCAUUUUGAGUAAGAAGAUAAACUGGAUUGUACAAUAUGCACAAAAUAAGGAUCUGGAUUCAGAUUCCGAAUGUUCUAAAAAUCCCCAGCAUCACCUGUUUAAUUUCAGGCAUAAGCCAGAUAAAAAUUUACUCCCACAGUUUGACUCCCAAGUACCAAAGUAUUCUGCAAAGUGGAUAGAUGGAAAUGCAGGUGGCCUCUCAAACUGUACACAAAGAAUAUUGGAACAGAGAGAAAAUACGGACUUUGAGCUUGCUGUGUUACAAGAUUCAGGUGCCACUUUAUGCCACAAUAGUGAAUUGUGGCCUCAUAGUCACAACCAGGAACAGAAAAAAGAAGAAACAGUCUCUAAUCCAGAGGCUAAUGUCCAUACCCAGCAUCCACAUUACAGCAGAGAAGAAUUGAAUUCGAUGACUCUUGGUGAGGUAAAGCAACUGAAUGCAGAGCUCCGACAACAAAUACAGGAAGUUUUUGAAGAGUUAGCCCACCAAGUGCAAGAAAAAGAUUCUUUGGCCUCAGAGCUCCAUGUCCGCCACAUUGCCAUCGAACAGCUUCUCAAGAACUAUUCCAAGUUACCGUGUCUGCAAAUGGGACGAACGGGAAUGAAGUCACACCUACCCAUAAACAACUGAACUCUAAACUUAACACGGCCUUCAUUUUUUUGGCCUGCCGGGCAUGCACACUUCGAAGAAGCUGAAGAAAGUUAUGGUCAAUUAUUUUAUGGUCAUUAAAUUUGCAAAACUUAAGGCAGUGUUUAACAUCUUUGUCAAAUAAAGCAGAUCAUUACACUCUAGUCUUCUAGGGUUAAUCAUUUUGGUUCAUUUGGGAAAUCUUUUUUCCCAUAAUUACUAAACAGCCCUCCCUAACUUUUACCACAUGUGACUACUUAAAUAUACUGUUAGAGUGUGACUUUGUUAAACAUGGUUUAAUGUAAUUCACCUGUCAGAACAACAGAAGGUUAAAGUUCGUAGGUUAGUCUAAACUACUAAAGAUAACAUUUAAGAGGUAAAUGGAAUUCAUAAUAUCACCUCUUAUUUAUUGAG